GCUAAAAUAAAUGUCACACUCACUUUUGACAUUAAAUUUAAUUUCUUUGACAAUUUGAGUUUCGCUUUGUAUAAUUUUAAAUAGGAAAUAGGUAAGGCGGUAUAAUAUUAGUAAUAUAAUUGCUUGAGUUCUUUAGUCAACGAAAAAUGCAGAAAUAUGAAAAGCUGGAAAAAAUUGGCGAAGGGACAUAUGGAACUGUUUUUAAAGCCAAAAAUAAAGAAACUCACGAAAUAGUUGCACUGAAGCGAGUAAGAUUAGAUGAUGACGAUGAGGGGGUUCCAUCCUCUGCACUGCGGGAAAUAUGUCUACUUAAAGAAUUGAAACAUAAAAACAUUGUUCGCCUCUACGAUGUGUUACAUAGUGAAAAAAAAUUGACUUUAGUCUUCGAACAUUGUGAUCAGGAUUUAAAAAAAUAUUUCGAUAGUCUUAACGGUGAAAUUGAUCUUGACGUCGUGAAGUCGUUCAUGUAUCAGCUACUUCGAGGUCUCGCUUUUUGUCACAGCCAUAAUGUACUUCAUCGUGAUUUAAAACCCCAAAAUUUGUUAAUAAAUAAAAAUGGAGAGCUUAAAUUAGCAGAUUUCGGUCUUGCUAGAGCUUUUGGUAUUCCUGUUAAAUGCUACUCAGCAGAGGUUGUUACCUUGUGGUACAGACCUCCUGAUGUAUUAUUUGGUGCAAAAUUGUAUACAACAAGUAUUGAUAUGUGGUCGGCAGGAUGUAUAUUUGCAGAACUAGCGAAUUCAGGCAGGCCACUAUUUCCUGGAUCGGAUGUUGAUGAUCAACUUAAAAGGAUUUUCAAGCUGCUUGGUACACCAAAUGAAGAUACCUGGCCAGGGGUAACACAAUUACCAGAUUACAAACCGCUAGCGGCUUACCAACCUAGCUUAGGACUUGCACAAGUAGUACCAAGAUUACCAGCUCGUGGGCGAGAUCUUCUUACACGUCUGCUCACUUGCAACCCAGCAUUAAGGAUGCCAGCUGAUGAUGCCAUGGCACAUGCUUACUUCCAUGACCUCAAUCCAUCAGUGAAGAAUGACCGAUGUUAACAAUCAAUACACCCUUACAGGUGUACCUCCGAACUAUUGUUUAGUGUUAAGAAUCAGGACAUUGAUGAGGUGCAACAAUGUUGUGAUGAGGAAACAUGAAUUGUCUGACAGUUUUCUUUUACUGACUGUUGUAUAACAGUAUCCUGUAUAAAUAUUUGUUUUAAUAAUUUUAAUGACCCAUGUGUUUAAAGUCAAAUCUUAUUUGUUUAACUUGUUAUUGAUUAUUAUUAAUCUUAUAUUAGUAUUUUUUUUUUUAUUUGUAUAUGUAUAUGUGUACUGAUUGUGAUAAUUUUGAUUUUUAUAUUUCAGAUUUAUUAAGAAAUUACAUAUGUUGGGUAACUUUAGACAUAAUAAUAUAGAUUAUUUGAGUAGUAUAACAUUUAAAUUGGUAUAAGAAGUAGGGUUAUGUAUAUAAUUUUGUAAAAAAAUUUAUCUGCCUUUUUUUUAAACGGUUGAACAAAAAACAUAGUAUUUUAAAUGCCUUUAUGUUGUAAAAAAUCAGUAAUAAGUUGCUAAGUGAUUUAUUUUUGUCAUUACAUUUUUAUUAAUUUAUUAUUUAAUAAAAUAAUAAGUUAUAAAUAUA